GAAAAAAAAGACGAUUUUGACAAGUGAAAAAAUUUUAUCCAGUAAAAAUGUAAGCAAAAAUAGACAGUCGUAAGCUGUGUAAGUAAAUAAUAAUUACAAAGAUAAAUCGUAGUAAAAAUGUUUUGAGAUUUUUACUUGGAGAUUUGAAAUAUAACAACUAACAUGUCCUUGGUUGCAUACGCAAGCAGUGAUGAUGACUCUCAAAGUGAAAAAGAAGAUGAAAUAUCUACCGAAGCUUCUCUUCCGAAGAAAAGAGAGCCAGUUAAAAUAAGUAUUCCAUCCUUAAAGGAGUUUCAAGAAGAAGAUAAGCCUGAUCCUAUUGUGAAACCUAAGCCAAAAGGUGGAUCUGGUCUUUUCAGUAUUCUUCCUCCACCAAAGAAUUCUUCAACAUUUUCAAAGCCUGGUUUCACUCCUUAUGUAUUUUCCAAAAAGAAAGAGUCAAAACCAACACCACAAAAACGAAAGCAAAUAACGCCUACAGUUUUGAACAAAACUCAAAAAUUGGAAAGAACUGAGGAAAUUGAAAAUUCUGUUGAUGAAAUUGAUGAUGAUUCAUCUGAGAAAAUGGAUUUCUUUUCUUUAAAUACAGAAACUACAUCUGGUGAUACUUUCCUGAAAAAAUAUGAAAUAGAGCUAAAUGAAAACUUUGUUGUGCCUACACUUAACACAGACUCUUCCAUUAGUCAAGAAUCUUCAAUAAAAGUAACUACUAGUGAAAAUUAUCCCGUGAGUCACAGUGCUUCUAGUGCAAGUUGGAAUGAAAACUAUGGAUUUAGUGAAACUUCAGUACCUGAAACUAGUAGUUCUACAAUUGAUUGGAGUUCUUUAGAGAUGAGAAAUGCAUCAGGACCUUCUGAAUCAGAUGGAUCACCUGAUUUAUUAAAAGAUGAACAAUUUAUGAAGCUCAAAGGUAGAAAAGAAAUGGAAAAUAUCAACAUCAUAGAUGUGAGUGCUGACGACCAACUCACUGGGAAAGAUCAAUGGAUUAUGCAGUCACUUACUGAAGAAACUUAUCGACCAUUAAAACGUAGGCAUGAUAUGCCUACAUCACAGCAAAAACGGAAGCAUCAAAUUACCUAUUUAGCUUACCAAGCCAAGGAACGGGAGUUGGAUUUGAAAAAUCAAUGGGCUCUGAACAAUCGCACAAGACGUGAAACACAAGCAAAAUAUGGUUUUUAAUUAACAAGCAUCGUUGUGUAAAAUUGUAAAUAUACAUAUAUUUUUACAUGGAGGGUUGAUUUGAAUUGUAUGAAUAAUUUGGAACUCAUUCUCAUUAAAUAAAUAUGAAACAUGCUAAACAUUUUCUGACUUAUAGUAUUUCAUUGUAAUGGUGUAAAUACCUGAUGCUGACAACAUUAAAAUGUAAUAUAUGAUCUAAUUGUAAUUAAAGUAUAAUUAUAAAGUAA